AUGGGUAGAGGUCUGUUCCCUUACAAAGUUCGGUUAAUUCUUUCUUAUUUAUUUAAAGUGGCUGAGACCGUACCAGAGCCAAGGAUUGAGGUUAAAGUGAAUGUGUUGCCUCAAGAAAUCCUGCAAAGCCCAGAGGAGCAUCCCAGGUUCAUAAACCAGACUCUUGGCCCCUCAUUAGACUCUGCAAGGAUUCAUUUGAUCAAAGACAAAGAUGGCAUAGAUGAUUAUUUGGCGACGAAUAUCAAAGGGUUGUCAAAACAAGAAGCUGCUGCUAACAGGAAUUCAUACAAGAAGAACAUCUGCAUAGACAUGCUGCGACAGGGUUAUCACAAGUCCUUCUCCGAGCUCUUCGCUCUGAUAGAGAAGUGGAAUGCCUUGAGGGAGGCUGCAGGGCCUGGGUCAGCCAUAUGGCAGCAGAAGUCCCUGGAGGAGCAGCCUGAUAAGCUGGAUCAGCUUUACCACUUCCUGACCAGGGCUGAGGCAGCCCAUCGAGCAGGGCACUAUGAGGAGGUGUAUGACAACCAGCUUAACCUGGCCUACUAUUUCAAUGACCCUGAGGACAAGUGGUUAAGUAAUUACUUUUAUGAGGAAUGCUUUAACACUGCUAAACUAAUAACAACUGAUAUAAGGAAAAGAGAGGCACAAGCACAUGCAAAUAUGGGCCUCAUCAAAGAGGAACAAGGUCAUGUCUUGAAUGCUGCUGAGUAUUAUGAAACAUUUUAUCAUCUAACGGUUGGUUCAACAUGGAAGGAUGUGACAGGCCGUACUUACAAUUCACUGGCAUCUGAGUAUCUCUGGAGAAUUUAUACAUUACUAGCAGACAAAAUGCUAGAAAAUAAUGAACACCAACAGGCCAUCAAGACACUAAAAAAAGCUUUAAAAAUAGCAAAAAAUGGUGAAAUGAAGAUCGAAGGAGAAGCUGCCUAUUGCCUAAGUUUAGCGUAUUGUUUUGCUGGAGAAAACCAGAAAGCAUUAUCAACUUUGGACACCUCUGUAAAAAUCUUCACACCACUUUGUGAUUCUGCUGGCCUAAGCAGAGCAUAUGCAGCUAUAGCCAAGAUCCUGGUAAGUCAGGGAAAAGCAGCAGAAACUACGAAGCACUUGGAAGAGUUUAUGAAGGCUUCUGAGAAUGCUCAUCUAAGACAAAGCCUGGUGGAUGCAUGUGUAUUACUUGGGAAUAUUUACAACGAAAGAGGGAGCUAUAAUGAAGCUUGUGAAUAUUUCAGUCAGGCUUAUGAGACAGCAAAAACGUUAAAUAAUUUGCCCUUAGUGGAUGAAACAAAAGCUUACUAUGGCAUUGCAAAGGCUCAUAAACUGAUGGUGCCAUUUAAUAGCCAUAUAGAAGCAGAAGAUCUCAUCAGCCUCAAGUAUCUGCUGGCAUGGAAGGAGAACAGAAGUGACAUGUGCACUGACCCUCUUACAGCUGAACCUGAUAAAGAAACAAGUGCUUCAGAGCCUUGUGAGCCUCUUCCAGAGACACCAGAUCUAGAUCCUUCAUGAAGAUGCCUGCUUACUUACAGAGAAGCUAGUAAUGAGUACAAGAAGAGCACUGAAGAGUCAUGCAACCAAGUAGGAAUUUUGCUAGAAGUUUUGUCAUUUAAAUGG